CCGCCUCUGCUGCGCAUGCGCCGCUCGCCGCCGGCCACUCAGCGCUCCCCACGCCGCACCAGCGGCUGCCCGCCGGGUCCUAAUGCCCGCCUCCGCCGCGCAUGCGCACAAGGCGGGGAGCGGAGGGACUGCGCCUGCGCCCCGGGGCCGCGGCGGUGUCUGCGCCUGCGCGGUGAGGCCCCCCCGGGCCGUGGCGACGCGGCCAUGGCGAGCGGCGGAGCGCUGCGGGUCGCCGUUACCGCCGUGCUGCUGGCGGCCUGGGGCGCUCACGGCCUUUACUUCCACAUCGGUGAGACGGAGAAGCGCUGCUUCAUCGAGGAGAUCCCGGACGAGACCAUGGUUAUCGGUAACGGGCAGGAACUACCGACGCAGCUGUGGGAUAAGCAGUCCGAGUCCUUCUGCCCUCCACCCCGGGGCUGGGGCAUGCACGUGGAGGUGAAGGAUCCCGACGGCAAGGUGGUGCUGUCGCGGCAGUACGGCUCCGAGGGACGCUUCACCUUCACCUCCCACACGCCCGGCGAGCACCAGAUCUGCCUGCACUCCAACUCCACCCGCAUGGCUCUCUUCGCUGGGGGCAAACUGCGUGUGCACCUGGACAUCCAGGUGGGGGAACACACCAACAACUACCCCGAGAUCGCUGCCAAGGACAAGCUGACCGAGCUGCAGCUCCGCGCCCGCCAGCUCCUCGACCAGGUGGAGCAGAUCCAGAAGGAGCAGAACUACCAGAGGUACCGUGAGGAGCGCUUCCGCAUGACGAGCGAGAGCACCAACCAGAGGGUGCUGUGGUGGUCCAUUGCCCAGACCAUCAUCCUCAUCCUCACUGGCAUCUGGCAGAUGAGGCACCUCAAGAGUUUCUUCGAGGCCAAGAAGUUGGUGUAGCCUCCUCCCCCCCCCCCACUACCCAACCCGGAGGGGUGCUCGCGACACCGACUGGGGGCUCCCUCGGUCCUGUUAGGGCUCCCUCGGUCCUGUUAGGGCUCCCUCGGUCCUGGAGGAGCUCCCUCAGUC